AUCUUUCUUCUUCGUUUUCUCUCUCUUAGUAUCAAUAAUUUAUUGCCCGAAACUGGCGGGUUAGUUUUUCCCGGAAGAAAAAAAGUACACAAAAAACGCUUGAAUUUGCAUUGUAUUUGAAGACAGGGGUGUCUUGUCGUAGGUUUGAGCUAUAUUUACGGGAAAAUCGAAAUCUUUGGGCUAAUUAGUGUGUGGGUUUUGACUUUUUUACGAUCAGAAAGUUUCGCCGGAAUGUUGGCUUGCCGGUCGCCGGGAAGUCUGCGAAUUGACUCCCAAUGAGGGGAGUUUCGUAAGAGAGAGAAUAGAAAGAGGAUAGCUUUAAAAAGUCGCUGAUUUUUUGUAUCGUUUAGCCACGGAUUUUAGCAAUUUGAUUAAAUUAAUUUUAUUUUACUCGCCAAACGUCAAAUAUUUAUGUUACUGUUUUUCUCUCUCAUUUCAUGUAUAAAGAGUUAAAGAAUCCCAUUUUUUUCUCUCCCCACUCUCUCUUUCCCUCACAAAAUUUUCUCUCUUCUCUCUCCCACCCUCUCUCUCUCUCUCUUCUCUGUCUGUUUCGGUUCUGGUUUUUUCAUCCUCUGUUUGACAGAGCUUGUAUAGAGAGAGAAAUUGCAAGCCUCUUUCUCUCUCUGUGUGUGUCUCUCUCUUCCCCUUUCUGCGUUUUCUUGAUUUUGUCUCUCUAAGAAUCAUGGCUGUGGACAGGAGCUCAAUGCAAUCGAAUCUUGUUCGCUUUCUGGAUUGCACCACCCCUCUGGUCCCUUCCCAGUUUUUAGCUAAGAAUGAGAUUGGGAGCCUCAAUAGGCUCUGGCAUCCACUGGAGAGAGAGGGGUUUGAAUACUUUACAUUGGGUGAUCUUUGGAGCUGUUAUGAUGAAUGGAGUGUUUAUGGGGCUGGAGUUCCAGUCAGAUUGGACACUGGGGAAACCAUAGUUCAGUAUUUUGUGCCUUAUUUGUCUGCCCUUCAAAUCUUCACAAGCAGUGCCUCUGCAAAUAGUCUAAGGGACGAGAGCGAUUCGUCCUGCGAGACGAGGGAUUCGUUUAGUGAUUCCUUCAGUGAUGAGAGCGAGAGCGAGAAGCUCUCGAGAUGGGAUGGGUGUUCCUCUGAGGAGGGUAUGCCCGAGCACGACAGCCUCUUGCAACUAAAUUAUAGAUUGGGAUACCAAUACUUUCAGUACUUUGAGCGUUCUACCCCGUAUGGAAGAGUUCCUCUCAUGGACAAGAUUAAUGGCUUAGCUCAAAGGUACCCGGGAUUAAUGUCUCUAAGAAGUGUAGACCUUUCACCCGCUAGUUGGAUGGCGGUUGCUUGGUACCCGAUAUAUCACAUUCCCAUGGGAAAAACCAGCAAGGACUUGUCUACAUGCUUUCUAACAUUCCACACUCUCUCGUCGUCUUUUCAAGAUAUGGACCUCGAUGAUGACUUGAACGGUCGAAUUAGGAAGCAGAAAGCGGGGGAAAGCGUCCCCCUCCCGCCUUUCGGCUUGGCCUCGUACAAGCUGCAAGGGGACGUGUGGAUUUCGGACAAAAGCGGGAAGGACCAAGAGAGGCUGGUGUCGCUGCUGAGCGUUGCCGAUUCUUGGCUAAAGCAGUUAGGGGUCCAACACCACGAUUUCAACCACUUCAUGGGCAUUCGGAGCUGAUGAAACCGCGGUGCAAUGUUGUCUAGAGCACGCGAGAUGAACUAACCGGGGACAGAGAACCUCCUCCCGUUGCUAAUAUUCCUAGCGCGAAUUUUAACUGUUUCGUUUUUUUUUUUUUUUUUUUUGGGAGUUUUUGAAGACUUGUGUAUAUAGGGUUGAAUUUGGAGACAAGAGUUUGAAAGUGAGAGAUAGAGAGUGAAGGGGAGAGAGAGAGGCCAAACCUCCAUGGAGGCUCUUUUAACUUUUUUUGGUGUAGUAGUGCAUGUUCAUGAGAUUGUUAGUGCUUUUGCCCUCAAAAACUUUUUGUGAACAUCUGAUAUCAGCUUUCAGUCUGCACAUCUACUAAUUAAGGUGUAUAUUAACUCACUAAUGUAUCAUUAUCACCAUUUUCUUAAUCAGUUAAGGAUUUUGUAGUUUUUUAUUUUGUGC